CUGAGGAUCAUUAGCACUGGCUGCUAUGUCGGAUUUGAUAGCGACCGACGCACCGACAAUGUAGGUUAGGGUUUAUUCCAAUACCUGCGGAUCGUCAAUGUAUUUGACAGUAUUCGCGAUUCUUGAUCUGCUAUUUGAAAGACAUAGACCAGAGUGGAACUGCCAGAGAUAUCUACACAUGAUCUGUAUAUACCUGUUUGAGGGGGGAAAGCAGAGAACCACUUGUGCUUAGCAGAUUGGGUGUUUGCUGAUGAUUCGCAGCAGGUGGGAGAUCAUCGUAAAGUUUAUUUAUUAUCUGGCAUUAACCGUCAAUCGCCUGAUUAUUGUUGAGAUCAUAUUGUUUCUUUGACCCUUCUGUGAGAGCAUUCGGCUGUUGCCAGUCUACACCACUACACCCAGGAUUCUACUUGCUUAUUUUUAUACAGAGGAUUUAUUUUGAAUCGUGCUAGUCCUGUACGGAAAGAUCCAGGAAAUUCAAGGAAUCCAAGCGAUCGCUCACAAUGGUUCUUAAACCGCGCGACUUUGGCCUCUUUCGGAUCUGGUCAGCAGCAAGCUCGUCUCGCUGCUGCGGUCUUGAUAAACCUGGGCUGACGGCAUUGCAGAUCAUUUUGUCUGCGAAUGUUAGAGGGAUUCACAGGGCGGCGUGUCGGCGAGCGAGGAGUGUCCCGGAUGAUCCGACUGGAUCGUUGGAUUUAGCUCGGCCGUCUUCGUCCUCUGUUGCUGGAUCAAAUUAUAUGAAGACGGAGGGUACAAAACGAAAUACAGAAACAGUGACGGAUGAUGUCAGGAUAAAAUAUGAUAACGGAAGUGACAACCUCGACAAGCAAAUUGAUCUAAAAAGGCAGAGUAAGAAGACCGAACUUGGGAAAUCCCUCGAUAUCCUGACGCGUCUCCUACCAAAUCUCCAGCACGAAACCCCGCCCUCCUCACUCCUCUCUCCCAACAUCCAACUCCGCUUAUUCCCGAAAUCGCAUCCCAGCCUGCCCUCGAUUCGCGGCAAGAUCGCGUACCUGACAAGCUGGCGCCUCGCGCAGUGGAUUUUGCCUUUUCUUGUCUUGGGUCCGAUUGAAGGAUUCGCCGAGAUUGCAGACACGAUGUUACUCGACGACAGCAGCGGAGCUGAGAAGCGGAAGAAAUCGACGUGGGAAAGGACGGGCCAGUCGAUGCUCAGCUUGAGCGACAAGUUUACGCCUGAUCACAAAAAGGGUAGUAUUGUUUUCAAAAUCAUGAGUAUGCGCGUGGUCAACGAAGAAAACUCGGUCGACGACGACGUAACCGAAGACGGGUCGUCGGGAUCGUACGAGUACGAGUCGCCUACAAAACUCCUAGUGCGCUGGCAAACAAUGUUCGUCCCGACCUCGUCUCCAUCCACGUCUGCGCUCUCGCUUUCACACUCCUCAGACUCGGACGUCGGCUCGUCCGGCAGCGGCGCCGUCAUCGUCGGGCUUUUCACGUUCGAGUUUGACAGACAUGGCAAGAUCGUCGUGCACAGCGUCGACGACGUACAGGAGAUUCGCACGGACGAUAAGUUAGCAGCCAAAGGAGGUAGUAAACGGCUUAAAAAGCUUGCGGAGGUGGUGUCUGGGAAUAGACCCGCGGACGAUGACGAGGACGCGCCUGUGGUUGCUGAUGAACGGGGUCCGCUGCAUAAUAUCCCUCGGCAUGCUUGACCGCUCUCUCACCCGCAAACUACAGCCAAACGAGACACGACGAGAAGUUUUGGAGUUCUGUCUAUUUUCCAUAUAAAAAUGGUUUUAUUUUCUUUCUUUUUGGAAAUAUAAAGUAGGAAAUUGUACAUAUUCGAUAUAGCAAUUUUAAUGCAUCUCCCAGGUUCUCUCACCUUGAUCAUUCCUCGAAUGUUUUGCACAUUCGAGAGCAAUCAUACAAUCUCACGUUACCAAAGGACAUCUGAUAGUAAAAGCUGAGAAUCUACGGAGCUCGCAUAUAUCCAACAACGACAGCGAACACUGUAGACAUCCGUGAGAGUGUCGAGAGAAAUGAGCGGCCGCAUCAUCUUUCACUCGGCUUAAAGUUUCGGCAAGCUAAGUCGAUCAUCAAAUCCUGAUGAUGGACGAGCAAGACAAAACUACUCAAACAUGCAGCACCUUUACUUGCUGCGAUUCCUA